UCCACCAUCACCCCCUUGCACCCUCGACGCACCGCCAUGGCUCUCCUCGCCGCCCUGCGCACCACGCUGCGCCCGCGCCCUCACCUGCUGCCCGUCGCCAGCGCCUCGUACGCCAGCGCCAGCCGCGUGUGCGCGCGGCCCGCCGCCGCCUCGUCGGCACUGGGCGACCCGGCGCCGCAGCCGCCGCCGGCCGGCGACGCUGCGCCGCAGAAGGGCGCCGAGAAGGCUGCCGCUCCAGCACUCGGCUUCACCUCAUCAUGUCCGCCCGGCACCGUGCUGACGGGUCUUGGUCUGCUCAAAGACACGCCUGACCCCGUCGCCCGGCCCGACGCCGACUAUCCAGCAUGGCUGUGGGAGCUGCACACUGCCGGUGCCGCCGGCUCCGCCGUGGCGGGCGCCUCGGCGGGCAUGACCAAGGGCGAGCAGCGUGCGGCGCUGAAGCGCGCCUCGAAGCUGCGCAAGGGCAGCGAGAAGAAGGCAGAAGUGGCCGUCGACGACUCGCCGGAGGGCCAGCGGAAAGCUCUGCGCAGCAAGAACCGCGAGGCCAUCAAGGCGCGCAACUUCGUCAGCUCGAAUUGAUGCGCUUUUCGUCACGCCCGCCGAACGGUCUUGGGGUGCGGGUGCGCGCUGCAGAUGGAGAAGCGGAGGAAGCGGUCCGCUCCCGCUGGCUGGACGGGGAGCCAUUGGGCUGCGAGCACAGCUGGAAGCGGACCCUCUCCAGCCGGCCGAAUGAGGAGUUGCAGGGCAGGCUGUCAGGCGAGAGUCGUCAUUGCUGGACACAGUCGGACUGCGAGCCAC